AUGGCGAAAAGCUUUGAAGCAAAACGAAAGGAAGAUUUUUCCAGUCCGAAUGGCUCAGAAAAUACGAAUGGCUUUCAUAUCACCGUGAGAAACCAGCAGCAUUCUGUGAAACGUGCACAGAAUACAGGCAGGCGCACAAUAAUUCGCCAUUCAUCUUCACUGAAUCUGCCACAAGGUGUAGCAAUUCGAGGUCAUACAGACGAAGACUCGAACAUCAUUCAAUUUAACAAAGACAAAGCCAUUGACCAUGAAGGAUUAAAUCUUCUUUUAAAGGAAAAUCAGUACAUGUCUCACGAUAUUUUAGUUGAACAGGAAGAAACUUUUGUGCUGAGGGCGAGAAGAAGUCUAAUAGAUGACAUUAAUGCCAGUAAAUUUUAUGCGAUCAUUUGCGAUGAAUCAAGUGACAUUUCGAAAACUGAACAGUUAUCUUUUUCUAUUCGUCAUUGCACUGAAGACUACGACGUUUUGGAGGAUUUCAUUGGCGUAAUGCCAUGCGACGAGGGAUUAUCAUCCGAAGCCCUUUUAAAAUAUGUUCAAGAUAUAUUGGUCGGAUGUAAUAUGAACACUUAA